AUGACCGCCGAGCAGGCCGCCGGUCGCAGAGUCAAAUUGUAUCCAUGGGACUCUGUCGCGUCCCAACUCUUCGAGCCAUACGGAGAGUCCGCCCUGGAUACGCUCAGCUUGCAAGACGUCUGGGUCGCCGCAUCGAAAGGAAACAAAAAGGCUAUGUACCAUAGCCAUUUAUGCGCCAAUCAAGACACCGAUCCCUGGCACGUUGGGGCCGGCAUUUCCCUCACAGCGGCCGGUUUGCUGGCAGCCAUCAAAAACUUUCGCUCGCCUGACAUGAAGAAGCUCAUCGUGCCGGCGGUCUACGAGAAGGAAACUUUGGAGGCCGCGAAGAAGUUCUACGCAUGGCUGUCGCAGGAGAGAACGCCUUUCCGCUCUCUCCUCUUCCUACUCUCGGGCUCCAACACUUACUUUUCGGCGCAUUGCGCCGAGGUUGUGGCGCGUGCCUCUCUCCACCAUAAGCCCAUCACUGAGAAGCAGUUCGUCGAGGCAAUGACGGCGCGCAUGUCCAAGAUGUCAGCUCCUGCUUCCAACACUGGAAGUUUCGAGAACCUGGGCACUUCGUGUUUCAUCAACGCGGGCAUCCAAGUGCUGUUGGCUAUUCCGGGUUUGGCAGAUAGACUUGGCGCUGGGUUCAGUCCCUCGGAGAGAGCUUUGACUGCUGUCAUCAACACGACGACGAAUCGCUUGGGCCCAGUGACUCCAAGACCCCUGACAGACUUGUUUUACCAUGGCCGUCAAGAGGACGCAGCAGAAUUCGUGCUGGAGCUUUUGACGGGAUGUUCCGGCCUGCGUGAACUUCUGGAAGGAGUAGAGCAUCCACGGUUUCGCUGCAGGCACUGCACAUACAGUCGCCCGGCGGCUUUGGAAAAAUUCGUGUCCUUGCAGCUUCCCCUCAUGGGCACCACGCGUUUCGUGUCGGUGCAAGAAGCUCUGAACAACUACCUAAAUGCGGAGCAUGUGCAAGAAGACCUACAGGACUGGGUAUGCUGCACUGAUGAGUGUCUCAAUGCAGGACGAGCGCUUGACAUGCCUCUGUAUCAGACCCGCAUCACCAAAUGGCCAGACGUACUACUCAUAUUCCUGAAGCGAUGGGACUCUGCUCAUGGGCUCCUGGCUCACAAUGUGUACUGCAACAACAUCCUCAUGGCAGAGGGCAACGCCUAUAGCUUGAGGUCCCUGAUCACACACAUCGGCCACGACCCAUCUUCGGGGCACUACGUUGCGUAUCGUCACUGCCAAGAGGGAUUCAGGCGACUGGAUGACACUCGCAUCGCCGUUGCCAGCCAUGUUGAAGGUUUCUUCAGCCGGGUGCCUGAGGAAAAGGUCUAUGUGAUCGUGUAUCACAAGCAAGACCUCUCCAACCCUAGUCCGGCGCCAGUUUCACGGCAACCGGACGACCUCAGUAGAAGGCCAGCGGCAAAGCGACUCGCCAUCGACCUAGACAGCGAUUCGGACGCGCAGAAGGUCUCGAGAAACCCUGACACGGACUCAGACUCGGACGUGGUUCUCGCCCGGGACGACGAUCCGCAGUCAAUCGGUCUUCCCAGAGACAAGGACGCCUCGGUCGUGCCCGUGACCAGCGCCGACCACAUCGACAUCGACGCAGACUCCGGGAGGACGAUGACGCUCGCAGCGUGGACGUGUUGCAUGCUCGAAGUGGCUCCCUUGUCCGGCA